AUGAUCAUACUCUUGGCCAGGAAGAUAUUGUGGCUUUUAGCCCUGGUGCGAAGUUCAUCUGCUAGAAUGCCACUAGAAAUGAACACUGGAGAGUCGGUAGACCCUACACUUCAGGCAAUCAACGCAGUACUGAAACCUAAAACACGUGCUCCCUGUUCCCUCCUUUUAUUCAGAGAUCCACUUACAGCCUCUAACUUCUCUCUGGAUGUGAAGCUACUGUCUGAACUAUGGAGUGUAGGGGAGUUUGAAGUGGCGACUGAUAGUGAUAAUGUAACUCUGGAUAUGUCUUUGCUAAUUGCUGCAGCUCGGAAGGUGCGCAAGUCAUCACAGUGUACUAAUGUGGUGGUCCUGAGCGACGACCCCGCCUUCCUGGCCUCCUUCGCCGAGUCGUCGCUCCGGGGCCGCCUCCUGGUGUGGGCCACGAGGCUCCUGGUCGUCACCCGCCUGCCCCUUCAGGAGCUCCGGCGGCUCCUCUCCUCCUCCUGGACCUUCUCCAUGAUGAACACUAUAGCGCUCUUGAUGGAUGGUUCAAGAUACCAAAGUUUUGGUGUGUACUCCUAUCUGCCGUACAGCCCAGCUGGGGCCCAGAUGGUUCGCGUGGCUUCGUGGUCUUCUUCGAGAGGCUUGACUUUUGUCGGCCGCCACCAGCUUUUCCCACAGAAGUUCACGAACUUCCACGGUGCCACAGUGAACAUCACAGCUCUACCUUACCGACCUUACUGGAUCGAGCAGACAACAGUGGCACCCAAUGGCACUGCUGUCACGACGUACACGGGCUCGGACGGCCUCAUGAUGCACGCUAUGGCACAGACGCUCAACUUCACAUCCAACGUUCUUCCUUCUGCGGAUUGGAGCGAGGUGACCUCCAAAGUGGUAGAGCGCGAGUCCUUCAUCGCCUCAGUGAUCCACGUCCACCUCCCACAGCGCCAGAAGGACUACGAUUUCUCCUACAACUACGAGUACACACGCUUGGACUUCAGUUUGGCCAAGCCCUCGCUCCGUCCCAAAUGGCAGGGCUUGUACUAUCCUCUGAGUAAUGAAGUGUGGCUGUGUAUGUUACUUGUGCUUCUUUUGACUCCAUUUCUGGCUUUGCUGGUGACCUACAACAGUGACUGUGAAGAAGAUAAAACAAUGAGCUUCAAGUUGAUCGGGUCCCUGCUGGGGCAGAGCAUGGCGACGAGGCGCGGAGAGAGCGCCGGCAGCCGUAUCUUCGUGGCCUCUUGGCUCGUCUUCGCCUUCGUCGUGGGGACGGCCUACCGGGGCAACCUCACCGCCGCCCUCACGCUGCCCAAGUACCCGCCGCGGGUCGAAACCGUUGCCCAGCUCGUUAAGACGGUGGACAGAGUUACAAUGCCUGUCUAUGGAAAGGACUUUCGAGAUUUCCUCAUACAGUCGGAAUCGGAGAUUUUCCAUGAACUCGGCUCUAAGAUGGACCUCGUGCCAGACGUCCUCUCAGGUCUGAACUUGAUUAGCAACACUAUGUCUCAUUUAGAUGCGGAUAGGUAUUUGAGCCUUGCAAUCGCCGAGCACUUCACGCUGGCCGACGGGAGUAACAACCUGUACCAAGGCCGCGAGAAGGUCGUGACCUCGAUCGCCGGCCUUCCGAUCCCACACGACGCGCCCUACAAGCCCCAGAUAGAUCGGUUCCUCAUGAUGAUGAUCGAGGUCUCUUGUCACGGAUGUUUUAUUUCUGUAUGGAUGACAAAUAUUCGUGAAUGCACACAGAUGUCUGACACUAAUACGCACACGUAUGCGCGAGAAUGCACUCUAUAUUUCUCUGUUACUUCAUCAAUUCAUCAGUGGCAACUUGCCCAACAGGCCGGUCUGUACGAGAAGUGGAGCGAGGACAUGCUGAGCGACGUCCGCAGGGACGCCCGGCGGAGGCAGCUGGAACGGCUGAAGUGGCGGAACGAGACCACGGCAGAGCAGACCACAGGCGCCGAAGGCAACGCGGAAGCACUGACCUUCACGCACAUGCAAGGUCCGUUCCUGCUGCUACUCCUGGGCCUCAUGGCGGCUGGGUUGGCUUUCCUGGCGGAGGUCCUCGCCGGGAAGGCUUAG